GUUUGUGCGCGGAACUGUGUUCUUGGCAACCAGGAACCAUAUGUUUUUAACUGAUAAAAGAUUAUAAAUAACGUCCAAAUGUUGUCGCAGGCUUCUACUUUGACUUAGAAGUUAUUUAAAACACAUAGGAAAAAAUAACAUGGCUCGUGGGACAGGAAGGAAAGCAGAGUCUGCAAAUGGCCCAGUGAAGACUAGAAUGUCUCAAAGGUCUAGAAAUCAUCCAUCAAGAGAAAUUAGCAGAUCCUUUCACCAAGAUGAAGAAAGUGAACGUAAAGCCACACCUGAGGAAGAAAAGAUACCAUUAAACUGCAACAGUGGAAAUCAUAAGCCAGGAAAUAGUCAUUUACCACCAGAAAAUAAGCAACAUAAUAAGGAAGUGGGUCUCUCUCCAAAAAAAUUUGAUAAAAAAAUGAGGUAUGAGUCGUCGUGUACUCUAACUAGGAAAUCCCAGGUUUUGAACACUGAAAAUAAAUUAAUUGCUAAGUCACAAAUAAGUAAAAAGUGUGAUAGUUUGUCUCAGGUACAUUCCAAACCAAGAAUAGUCUCAAAAGAAUGUGGUAGUGAACCAAAACCAAAAUGUGAUUCAGACUUUGGGACAAACAGUGGACAGAAGUGUUUCUUUGCGUAUGAUAAUUCCACUUUAGUCAUGGAAGAUGAUGUUGCAUGCAAAUACUAUACUUUAUGGAUUAUUGUCUCUAUCAACUAACCAUUUUACAAAGGUUGCAUUCAAACUGCCAGUAGCUGUGGAUCCAUUCAUGGUGAAAGUCUUUUAUACGCUUUUGUUAGGAUUUUUAGCAGAUUUUAUAUCGCCACUUACAGCACUUUUAGUCCCCCAAGUGACUUGCCUUGUUACAGGAUUUUUACUUAGUCUUCAAGUCUUCCCACAGCACAUGGCAUUCAUUGCUGUUUACCUACCUCAGUUGAAUUCAGGACUGAUAGGAACACAAUUGUUAAUGAAGCUCUCGAAACCAUCAGAAAGUUUUGCUGCUGGUUUAUCAAGGAUAAAUUGUUUUUACUGCCUAACUGAUCUCUUUAGUCCAUGGCUGUUAAAGGUUGUUACUCGGAAUAUUGGGUUUACUCUUAGCUAUCAGAUAAUGACUUUUAGCAGUUUCGUGGUUUUGGUUGGUGUACUGUACCUGUUCCAUACUAACCAUAGGAAAGAUGCAUAUCACCAACAUGAGAUCAGUUUCUUCAAGUCACUUCUGAUCAAAUUAUUCUUCAGUAUCCCAGUGGCUUUCUUGUUGCCAAGAUUUCAAUAUUUACUGAGGAGGGUUGGAAAUCAAAAUACUGUUGGACUGGUGACAGCUACAGUACUGAUUGUUCAACAAGUAGUACUUGUUCCUCCAUUACAGUCCUUUUAUAAUUGUCGGAAAAUUGUCUAUGUCUCGGCUGCUGUGCUUUCUUUAUUUUUUCUAUUACUGAUGGUCACAGAAGUAUAUGUUGGUUUUAUUUUGCUCAUCGUAAUUUAUGGAAUAGCUGGUGUUGUCCAGAAUUUUGUUGUUUCACUGUUUGUGAACUCAUAUCCAGGUAUGUCAGGCAUUUUAUUAGCUACAAAUCUGAUUCUUUAUAUAGGUGUCAGAUAUUUUACUGCACAAAUUACUGAAGGAAUGUCAUCCAGCUGUUUUACAGAAGAAGAAUGUUUGAAUAUAACUCCAUCCACAAAGAAUUUGAUGAAUGGUAGGUUUUUCAAGAAUCUAUCAAGUUGGUUUAUCAGGAACGAAGUAUUUGAUUCAGAGAGUGUAGUCAUGAAUAUGGUAUACUUGAUGAGCAGCAUAUCAAGUGCUGCUCUCUUUUUAAUUACAAAGUAUCUUUAGUAUACCUUCAUAUCUAAAAAUGGUUUGAAAAGUAUAUACAGUUAGUCUCUGGUAGUAUUUGUGGGAAGUAG